AUGAGCCUAUCCAAGGCUAUUGGAGUCAUUAGUGGCAUCAAUGAGUUUGGUAACUUGUUCCAGUUGGUCACAUCUGCUGUCUCAUAUAUGCGUUCCAAGUGGAAUGGAUCACAGGAGAAACAACAACUUAAGCAAGAAGAUCUACUGCAGUUGCAAAGUGACCUUCAACGCCUUACUGAUACUCUACCGGCAAUGUACAACCUCAUUGAUCGAGCAGAGUGGAGGAUCCAUGUACCCUCUGUGGCACAGCUCCUUCCAAAACUCAAGGAUGCAGUGUAUGAUGCGGAGGACCUUCUGGAUGAGUUCAGAUGGUAUAAGCUCAAGCUGGAAAUUGAGGGCAAUAACGAUGAAUCCCAGAUGUCUCCUCUCAUUGACUUCUUUCACAGUGUCACUCAUGGAAGCUUCAACAAAGUGACUGAUAUACAGACCAGGUUAGGUCAUCUUUCUGCCCAGCUUGAGAAGAUGGGCAUGCAUGAGGCAACUCCACGGUUUGACAAAUCGGUCAGGCCACCAACAACAUCUUUCCGUACUGAGCCAAACAUACUUGGUCGAGACAAGGAACUGGAGGAGGUGAUGAGAUUGCUUGGUGUACCAGCACCAGACCAUGGUAGCAGUAGCAGGUGCAGGUCUACUUCCAAACGGAAGAGAACCGCUUCUAGUGCAGCCGAUAGUACUGAACCAAUAAGGAUACCAUCUGUUCCUGUUUUGCCAAUAGUUGGGAUCGGGGGUGUUGGAAAAACUACUUUGGCCCAAGAGAUUACUACACUUCCAAGUGUUAAAUCCCACUUUGACAAUAAUAUCAUUUGGAUUUGUGUCUCGGAUGACUUCGAUGAGGAGAGGUUUACUAAAGUUCUCAUAAAAUCUCUAUCUAGAAAAGAGGCAACGGCCGAUAAUUUGGAUGAUCUUCAACAAGUUCUUGCUGAAGAAGCUGGGAAAAAAAGAUUCUUGCUCAUCCUUGAUGACAUUUGGCCUGCUGCCUUGAAUGAUGGGCAGCGUUGGAGGAAAUUUUGUGCACCUCUCACAAAAGUACUUAAGGGAAGUAUGUUGUUGGUGACCACUAGGUUUGCAGAGGUUGCUGAUAUAGUGGGCACGAUGGAGUCCUUUGUAUUGGAAGGCUUGAAAGAAGAUGUAUUUUGGGAUUUUUUCAAACUGUGCGUGUUUGGGUCUGAGGAUUCUCACAUUGAUCCACAGUUAGAGCAGAUUGGUAAGAGCAUACUUGUAAAGCUCAAGGGUACUCCUUUAGCUGCCAAAACUAUUGGAAGGCUUUUACGAAAGAGCCUUACCUCUGCACAUUGGAAUGAUAUACUAAACAACGAACUAUGGCAGAUUGAACAAAAGGAAACAGACAUUUUGCCAGCUCUUCGGUUGAGCUACAUGUAUUUACCUUUCCAUUUGAAGAGAUGCUUCUCAUUUUGUUCUGUAUACCCCAAAGAUCACAAUUUUAAGAAGGCUAUUCUAGCUGAAAUUUGGGUGGCAGAAGGAUUGGUGGAACCUCAAGGUAGCAUUCCACUUCAACAUAUCGGUGAGCAGUACUUUGAAGACCUUGUAAAUUUGUCCUUCUUCCAUAAACUCCGUGGUAAAUAUGUGAUACAUGACCUGAUGCAUGACAUGGCACUUCUAGUAUCCAAGGACGAGUGCUUCAUUGUAAAGAAUACAAGUGGGAUAGAAAAAGUUCCUCCAAAUGUUCGCCAUCUGUCGAUACUAUCAAGCAGCGGUGUUAAGUGUUCUGACUUAAUGUGCCUGGGCAAGCACACAAAGCUGCGCACCCUGCUUUGCAGCAAGUAUUUCAGGAGUCAGACUUCUUUUGUGAUGGAUCGCUGGUUUGUUGAACUUGGGUGCCUGCGUGUUUUAUUUUGUGCCUUCGAAAUGAAACAAUUACCAGAGAGGAUAGGCAAUCUGAAACAUCUCCGAUACCUUGGAAUCUCCAGAAAUCGCCGUUUCAAUGAAGUUCCUUCAUCAUUCUGGAGCCUCUAUAACUUGCAGAUUUUGUAUGCCAGGAAAUGCACAUUUGAAAGAUUGCACAUAGGUGCCAGUAAGCUGAUCAAUCUGCAAAAGUUUGAAUCACGUAUCCUUGAAAUGAAAGUUGAUGCUAAGGAGUUGGGAGAGCAAAUUGGGUUCAUAAACAGUUUUCCAGAUAUAAAAGAUUUGGUUAUACAUAACCUAGGCGCAAUAAGCAAGGAUCAUGCAGCAAAGGUGGAACUUAGGAAGAGGAAAGAUCUUACUAGUUUGACUCUGAGUUGGUUUUCAUUCAUAUCUCCAGAGCACAAUGAGAUAGAAGUGCUUCAAGCACUACAACCUCCAACCAGUGUGGAAUCUGUGCACAUCGAGGGUUAUCAAGGUGAAUAUCUUCCAAGCUGGUUUUCUGGCUCCGAUGGACUCAAUGCCAUCGACCUUGAAGAACUGAAGGUGUACAAUUGUCCAAACAUUACACAUCUUCUGCUGGCGCUGUCCAUAAGAAAACUCGAACUGAAUUGCAGUUCCCUCACCAUCUUGCAUCUAUCAUGUGACCAUCUGGCAUCCAUCGACCUACAAAAGUGGAGCCUUCCAGUGCUACAGGAGCUCAAGAUCAGUAACUGUCCAUGUCUGAUAUCUAUUAGAGUCGGGGUGGCCACUGACCUUUACCUUGGAUGCAGCACUGGGAAGUUCCCGUUCCUCACUCACCUAACUGUCGAACACUGCUACAAGCUGGAAACUCUUGAUGACCUCCUAACACAUGAACAUCUCCCUGCCAUCAAAGAUCUGACCAUUUUGUUUUGUCCACGGCUCAACUGGCAAAGUGGAAUGAUGUUGCCGUCCUCCAUCCAAAAGCUCAAUUUAUUUGAAUGUGGGAAUCUCUCUCGCAGCUGCCUGGGGAGCCUCACAUCGACAUCCCUGCAACCACUAAGUGGCUAA